UUUAGACAUUCUCAAAUUAUUUCACACAAAAACUGAUGACGUAAACACAUGUGCAAACAUUUUCCCACAACUAGUUAAGCUUGGAUAAAUGAAAUGCCGCCUAAAUAUAAGUUCCAAGAAGGAGAAAAGGUUCUUUGUUUCCAUGGACCUUUAUUAUAUGAGGCAAAGUGUGUUAAAGCAGAAGUAAAAGACAAAAUAGUGAGAUACUUCAUUCACUACAAUGGUUGGAAUAAAAACUGGGACGAAUGGGUACCAGAAACUAGAGUAUUGAAGUGCAAUGAAGCUGGACAUCAAAAACAAAAGGAACUACAAAAAGCUCACCAAAGUCAGAAAAAAGCAAAAGCAGCUGCUAGAAAAGCUGAAAGAGAAAAGGAAAAAGCUGAAAAACAAGAUAAAGACAAGAAAGAUAAAGACAAAGAUAAGGACAAAGAUAAAGACAAAGAUAAAGACAAAGAAAAGGAAAAAGACAAACAUAAAGAAAAAGAAAAAGUUGAGAAAGAAAAGGGAGAUAAGGAGAGACCAGCUACACCUACUGUAGAGAAGCUGAAGAAAGAGAAAGCCAAAGAGACACAUAAAGACCAGCUACAAACACCAGACAAAACAAAGAAAGAUAAAGAAGAUAAAGGGAAGGAGAGUACUACUACUACACCUGCUUCAUCUCAAGAUUCUACUGCAGAUACCAAACGUAAACGAGGACGGGUAGACACACCAGUAGAUACAUUAUCAGUCUCAUCAGUGGCAUCAUCACAAGAAAGUACAACUAGUCAUGCUAGUAUCACAUCUACUCCAACAACUGUUGAUCAAAAGAGAAAGAGAGCUAGGGCUGAACCUACUGUAGAAACGGAAGAAUCGUAUAUGACAAAAAUUGAAGUAAAGAUAAAAAUGCCUGAUGAAAUGAAGCCUUACCUGGUGGAUGAUUGGGAUUUAAUAACAAGACAGAAACAGCUUGUUUCCCUGCCAUGCAAAACAACAGUUGAUGAUAUCCUUGAUGAGUAUGUGAAGACGAAGACAAAAGGAAAUAAUCCUAACAAAGAUGCCAUAAUAGAGAUUACACAAGGUAUCAGAGAAUAUUUCAAUAUCAUGCUGGGAACACAAUUAUUGUACAAGUUUGAAAGACCACAGUAUGGAGAGAUUCUCAAAGAUCACGUAGACACACCAAUGUCAAGUAUAUAUGGAUCCAUACACUUGUUACGACUUUUUGUAAAUCUUGGUGGUUCAUUAGCCUAUACAGCAUUAGAUGAAAAAAGUAUCCAACUUUUACUGACCCACAUACAGGACUUCCUCAAAUAUAUGCAUAGAAAUACGUCAACAUUAUUCAAUCAGAUAGACUAUUACACUGUGGCGCCACCAGAUUAUCAUCGGAAAGCUAUAUGAGGACAGUUGGCAUCUUGUUUUAUCAGAUAUUUGGCAGGCUCAAAUGAGGACACAUUCAAUAUAGUUUUGUCAUUCAUUUUAUCGUACUGCCUGUGACAAGAGUUGCUAAAAGUAAGACAUAGGUAUGCUAUUCAUGCAGGGGAGGUAAAUACUCGUACAGAGCUUUAUGUUUCAGUUGUUAGAUAGCUAGAAAAUGUUUUAUUUUAUACAUACAUGUAGCUUCUUCUAGUUACAUCUUCUUAUUGGCAUACAUCAGUUUUCCUCUGUACCAUUUUCAUGGUUCAUCGACUAUGUAAAGGAAACCAGCAGCUCUGUCAACAGCUCUAUUUUCUGUGCCUGUUCUUUUCCUCUAGAAGUAUUUCUGGAUGGUGAUUUUCUCAGGUAGAAUAAAUAAUUGGCAGUCUUAAAAAUAAUCAUGCUCUUGUCUGUCUGACAAUAAUUUAUGUUACCAUUGCCUGAAUUUUACGAUUUAUUGAUUAAUGUUAAGUUUUCCGAAUAAGGUUUAUCAGUUUUAGUUAAUAGGUAAACUAUAGUUGAUCUAUACAACUGAUUUAAGUUCAAACAGGGAUUCUUGACCUUGAACUCAAUUUCAGAGUCCUGAUGAGAAAUUUAUUAUCUACACUUGGGUCUGUGAAAUCUUUGAAGGCAUACAUCUCC